CCACUGCUCCCCCUUCAUAACCAUGGUUCGUCUUGCUAUUGGUCUCAUUGCUGCAAGCAUUGCCGGCUUCACGCUCGCAUCUCCCGCUAUCGACCAAGUCACCCUCAACAAUGGUGUUCACACCAUGGAAGGAUGGGACUACAAGAACUGUGGACUCCCCGAGGAUGCUAUGAACAUCGAGUCGAUUACAGUGUCUCCUGAUCCUCCGCAGCCCGGUCAGGAUUUGACUGUCAAUGUGGUUGGAUCCGCAACUCGCAGAAUCGAAGAGGGCGCAUAUGCCGACGUCACCGUCAAGCUGGGGCUUAUCAAGCUUCUUUCGAAGCGUUUCGAUGUUUGUGAGGAGGCUCGAUCCGCCAAUGUUUCUGUUCAGUGUCCAGUGGAAGAGGGCAAGUACACGGUCUCGCAGACGGUAGCCUUGCCCAAGGAAAUUCCCAGGGCCAAAUUCGUCGUGCAAGUCAGAGGUUACACGGCUGACGAUGAUGACAUGGCUUGCUUGGACCUGACUGUUGACUUCAUGAAAGGCUUCCCUAGGUUGUGGUGAACGCUACAAGGCUUUUUGAUGUGAAUUGGUGCAUUAUACCUGAACAAUUGGAAUCCUUUCUUCAUGUUUCAACUUUUCUCUCGCUCUAUGUAUAACGCAACGACACGAACUAAUUGAUGAAUGAACAUUUUCAAUAUUUUAAAGUCCUGGCACCUACACCCUCGAACGUGGCUCUUACACAACACCGCUUGUCGAGCUCUUGAUACUGCGCUUCAUUAAUUGUGCUCGGGCAAUAAAAUGCGGAAACGCUGCACCCAAUUAACACACUUGUC